AGUUCCAUUUUGAGAAACGAUCACAUUGAACUCCCGAGAAGCGGCAGCUGAGCGAAAGCAGCAGCAUUUCUCCCCGGGUUGGGUGUGGGUCAGGAGCCAGGCGCGCUUCCGCGGGAGACAGCGGGAGUCAGGUGGCAGCGGCGCUGGAGCCCAAGCGGCGCGGCGGGGGCGCGCCUCCCUCCGACCGGCGCGGGGACGCUGCCCCCGCGCACGCGAGUCCGGCAAUCCCGGGCUCCCGCGCCGCACGGCGAUCCGCGGGUGCGGCAGGGGCGCCCCGGCGCUCUCGUCUCUUCCCUCGCGCGCUCGCUCCUUCCCCAUGCCCCCACCCCCCAGCCCCUGGCAGGUCCCUCCCCCAAGCCUGCUCCCGCGGCCGCCGCUGCCGCCGCCGCUACCGGAGGCGCAGGAGCCUCGCGAUAGUGUUUGCACAGGCGGCGCGUGACGCCGCCGCCGCCUGUAACUGAUGCAGAGGUUACCCCACCGCCUCAGCCGCCACCCACAGCCCGCCGCCGCCGCCUCCCGGGCGACGCCGGGGGCCGACGCACUGCAGAGGUGCCGGCAGGUUCCGCCCGCGGAAGUGUCCUCGGCCGGCGCAGCCCGCGCUCCGCCCGCGCUCCUACCCGGGUCCAGCGGGCACCCCCUCGACGCCUCCGCCGCCGCGCUCCUUCCCUCCGCCUCUUCUCUGGCGCGCCCGCCCGCUCCCUCGCUUCUCCCCCUUUCCCUCCUCCCUGUCCCCUCUCCUUCCCUCACCUCUUUCCUCCCCACCUCCCCUCUUCUCGGUUUCCUCCCCCAUCCCCUUGACUCUCCCCUCCCAGCCCUCGCUCUCUCGCUCGCCCUCAGCGCGGCCCCCGCCAUGACGGAGGCGGGUGCCGGUGCAGUUGCCGCCGCUGCCGUCGCAGGGGGGGAGUCGGGUUCCCAGAAAGUAGCUUGAUGAGUGUCCAAAGUAGCAGUGGAAGUUUGGAGGGGCCGCCAUCUUGGUCCCAGCUCUCCACGUCUCCAACCCCGGGCUCGGCGGCGGCGGCCAGGUCCCUGCUGAAUCACACGCCGCCAUCCGGGAGGCCCAGGGAAGGUGCAAUGGAUGAGCUUCAUAGUCUGGAUCCAAGAAGGCAAGAGUUAUUGGAAGCUAGAUUUACUGGAGUUGCAAGUGGGAGCACUGGAAGUACGGGCAGUUGCAGUGUUGGAGCUAAAGCCUCAACAAAUAACGAAAGCUCUAAUCACAGUUUUGGAAGCUUGGGAUCCUUAAGUGACAAAGAAUCAGAGACACCAGAGAAGAAACAAUCGGAAUCAUCCAGGGGAAGAAAGAGAAAAGCAGAAAACCAGAAUGAAAGUAGUCAGGGAAAAAGUAUUGGGGGACGUGGCCACAAAAUUAGCGACUAUUUUGAAUACCAGGGUGGAAAUGGCUCAAGUCCAGUAAGAGGCAUACCUCCUGCAAUCCGUUCUCCUCAAAAUUCACAUUCACAUUCCACUCCUUCCUCAUCUGUUCGACCGAAUAGCCCUUCUCCUACUGCAUUAGCAUUUGGGGACCACCCUAUUGUACAACCAAAGCAGUUAUCCUUUAAAAUUAUUCAGACUGAUCUCACAAUGCUGAAAUUAGCAGCAUUAGAAAGUAAUAAAAUCCAGGACCUGGAAAAGAAGGAGGGACGUAUAGAUGAUUUGCUCAGGGCUAACUGUGAUCUCAGACGGCAAAUAGAUGAACAACAAAAAUUACUUGAAAAAUACAAAGAACGAUUAAAUAAGUGCAUAUCAAUGAGCAAGAAACUUCUUAUUGAAAAGAGUACACAAGAAAAACUGUCAAGCAGAGAGAAGAGUAUGCAAGAUCGAUUACGCCUCGGGCACUUUACAACAGUUAGACAUGGGGCUUCAUUUACUGAACAAUGGACAGAUGGUUUUGCAUUUCAGAAUCUUGUGAAGCAACAAGAAUGGGUGAAUCAGCAAAGGGAAGAUAUUGAAAGGCAAAGGAAACUUCUAGCCAAACGCAAACCUCCCACAGCUAAUAAUUCUCAGGCACCCUCUACCAAUUCUGAACCAAAACAAAGGAAAAACAAAGCAGUCAAUGGAGCAGAGAAUGAUCCCUUUGUUAGACCAAAUUUACCACAACUGUUGACUUUGGCAGAAUAUCAUGAACAGGAAGAAAUUUUCAAACUUAGACUAGGACAUCUCAAAAAGGAAGAGGCAGAAAUCCAGGCAGAACUUGAACGUUUGGAAAGAGUCAGAAAUCUUCACAUACGUGAGCUGAAAAGAAUAAACAAUGAAGAUAAUUCACAGUUCAAAGAUCACCCAACAUUAAAUGAAAGAUAUUUAUUACUUCAUCUGCUUGGUAGAGGUGGCUUUAGUGAAGUAUAUAAGGCUUUUGACCUUUAUGAACAAAGAUAUGCUGCUGUGAAGAUACAUCAGCUUAAUAAAAGCUGGAGAGAUGAGAAGAAAGAAAACUACCACAAACAUGCCUGCAGAGAGUAUAGAAUACACAAAGAACUGGAUCACCCCAGAAUAGUUAAACUCUAUGAUUAUUUCUCCUUGGAUACAGAUACGUUUUGUACAGUGUUAGAAUACUGUGAAGGCAAUGACUUGGAUUUCUAUCUGAAGCAACACAAGUUAAUGUCAGAGAAAGAAGCUAGGUCUAUUGUAAUGCAGAUUGUAAACGCACUAAGAUAUCUCAAUGAGAUCAAACCCCCUAUUAUACAUUAUGAUCUUAAGCCAGGAAACAUCCUACUGGUAGAUGGAACAGCAUGUGGUGAAAUCAAAAUCACUGAUUUUGGUCUGUCCAAGAUUAUGGAUGAUGAUAGCUAUGGUGUAGAUGGAAUGGAUCUAACUUCCCAGGGGGCAGGCACUUACUGGUAUUUACCUCCUGAGUGUUUUGUAGUUGGAAAAGAGCCACCAAAGAUUUCCAACAAGGUUGAUGUAUGGUCGGUUGGAGUCAUCUUCUUUCAGUGUCUUUAUGGUAGAAAGCCAUUUGGUCACAAUCAAUCUCAACAAGACAUUCUUCAAGAAAAUACAAUAUUAAAAGCCACAGAAGUCCAGUUCCCUGUAAAACCAGUUGUAAGCAGUGAAGCCAAGGCCUUUAUAAGACGCUGUUUGGCAUAUCGAAAAGAAGAUCGAUUUGAUGUGCACCAGCUGGCAAAUGACCCAUACCUUCUCCCACACAUGAGAAGAUCAAAUUCUUCAGGAAACCUACACAUGGCUGGGCUGACAGCAUCCCCUACGCCCCCUUCUUCAAGCAUAAUUACUUACUGACUUUCCUCCAAGAUUGGCAUGAUAUCUUUGAAUUGCUUCCAGAUGCACACUUAAGUUUGAGAGCAUUUGAGUGUUUUUUUGUUUUUGUUUUUGUUUUUUUUACACAAGACAUGGUUAAGAACUGUUUGUGAACUGAAGUUCCUCAUAGUGUCAUUUGUAUGAGAGUGGAUCAUGGACAAUGAAUAAAUGCACACUUCUGACUAUAAUUUUGAGCAGUGAAGGAUGACUGCCUGUUACACAGAAACAGGAAUACCAUGUUAAGAUAGAAGAAAAAAAUUUGUUUAUUUGGGGGAACACUGUAAAUAACGUUUAUAAUACUUAAAUACAUUUGGUUGUUACUAGAGAGUUCUAAUAUGAAGGGUAGUUUUUCAUUAUUUAAAAACACAUGGAAAAAUAUGAGACAUAUUUCUAACAUACGAACUAUAGUGCCUGGGUACAUUCUUCAGCAUUUGGCAGUUAAUCUGCUGAAACCAAAGUAAGAACUGAAUGACAGUGACAGUUGUGUUUUAUAGUAAUAGAAUGUGAGAGUUAGAAUCCUUGGACAAAGUUAGGCUUUGUCAUUUGCCUAUUCAGACUUUUACCAAGUUGUACCUCGAGAUCACAUGUCCGUUUUCUUUCACUGGUUAUAUUAAAGGGAGAGCUAUUAUUUCUAAAUACUUUACACCUUUGACAAAAUGAGCUGCUUGGUUUGAAAUCAGUUGAAUUCACUAAAUUAUAAUAUUGCCAAUGUUUUCAACACGUUAGAAUUGAUAACAGGUAUUUUUCUUUUGUUACCAGGCCUUGUUCAUCAAAACAGGUGACAGUAUGUAACCAAAUGCAGACCAGUUCUAUGCAGGAUAAUGAUAAAUUCCCUUCUAGCGCUAUUGUAAAUUGUUGUACAGAUGUCAUAUUUCAAUUACUAAGUUUCAGCAGCUUAUUCUUGUACAAAUGUUUAAAAUAUGGCUUUUCUAAUUGGAUACUGUAUUUUUUUUAAGUCUUCUUGAAGGCGCUCUAAUUGCUGCUAAAUGUUGCUUCUUUGCUAAAAAAUUAAAUGACCUAGAAGGUGCAAGUUGACUACAUCAUAGAUACUAAAAAGCAGACAGUCAUCAACAAGAUGUAAAAGUGAUCCAUGUUGGACAUAAUUGAGUUUUUUAAAUCAGUUUAUUGGGUUCUAGGGCUAUAGAACACAUAGAUACUAGAUUUUUAAUUUGUUCAUGGUUAUUCUACAUUUCUAGAAAGUUCUUAUCAGCAAGAUGGUCCCAUAAACAAAUUUCUUGUGGUUUGUACAGAUUUGUUAAAAUGUGAACAUUUUCUAACUGCCUUGUAGGGUAGAAACCAGUAUUUUUCAGGAUGCUGUAUUUCACUCCUGUAAGGACUUUUUCUUUAUUGUCACAUUCAUAAUGCUGAUACUUACAUGUAAGUUGUUCAUGUUGCAGAAAAAGGUUAUACUUACCACGGAUUCUCUUUAAUAUUGUACAGUUAAACUGUAUUUCUGAUGUUGCAAGCCAUUUUGUUUUUUCCUUGUACAUAGACACAUUGUCUCUUUAAAAUGCUGCUGAAAUUGUAGAGAAUAUAGCCAAAACAGUAAUAAACAAUGACAGUUAAAAUGUAAAGACUAUGAAAAUUACAUUGGAAGGGAGCUUUCAAGAUGGUAGGAUAUUGACUGAGCUCCUUUACUUAAAAAUCAGCUGAAUAAAUUCCUUAAGUAUACUUCAA